AUGCUUCAACCUAUCUCGAUCUUUGCAUUUCCCAGUUUUCCCGGAGAGCUUCGAGAGAAAAUCCUUCAAAAAGUCGAUGUCAAAGCUUCUCUGAAGUUGCUCAAAGCCAGCAAAACGACAAGAAACUAUAUUUUGAAGAACUCGGUUUUUGGAAACGGCGUCCAUUUGAUCAAGAUCAAAUUCGAUACUCUCGAUCUCGAGGGGAACCAUCUUCGAGCCUGCUCGAUAGAGUUUAUCAUCAAGAAGAACUCUGAAGACAGAUCCUAUUAUUUUAACGUCAAUCAGCAGUUAUAUACGGCUGAUCCAAAGUUAUUCAAAAAUAUAGGUGUGGUUCGAGUAUUCCAUAUUGAGAAUUCGUACGACUACUACAAAAGCAACGAAAUGCCAAAAGAAAAGUUUCCGGAAAUCGCCGCACAUUUCGCAAAUCUGAAAGUUGUACGCGUCAUGAAAGGGCUCGGUCUAUUUUGUCCCCUAGUGCAACAAGUGAUUUCCCUGUUUCCUUUUCAAAUCCUCGACUUCAUAAAGUUUAACUUCAAAGAAUGCCGUGUUCAAGUCAAAACGAUAACCGAUUGGCUCUUCGAGCAAGGCAAAAAUUGUCGUUUGUUUCUUCUGGUGAACUUGGAUAAGGCAGAGGUUUUCUUUGAGGAGUUCCAAAUGGAGAAAGAUCCACAAAAACUUAGUGACAUUUCGCGAGAUCUGAAAGAAAAGGCAAAGCUGAACAUUGAAAGCUUUACAUGUUACAAGAGGAAACUGACGAAUGAAGAGGUGGGCCAGAUUAUUUUGGCGACUGAGCGAGAGAUCGAGUAUGAUGACGACUAUACGAUCUCCUGUCGUGAUGUGGACGGAUGGUCGAAUUGCAGUGAU